AUGCUAAGUUGUUCACAAAUGUCAAGGACGGAGGACGAGGUGGAAGUUAUAGCAAAAAUAUUUUCACCGUGCAAGAAGAGUUCACCCGAUUUCGACCCAUGCAUAAAACGAGCUUUCAACAAGCUGAGGCCGUAUUUCAAACGAGGCAUACCAGCGAUGGGUGUGGCGCCAUUCGAUCCGCAUUUUGCUAAAGAGGUGAAGCAAAAGCGUUCCAUCGGCGGCCUUGGCUACACGCUCACGCUACGCAACGUCUUCGAGGGGGGGUGGACUCAGUCCACGGUCACGAAAUAUAAAACCGACUGGGCUAACAAACGGAUUAUUUAUUCGCAAUAUUUUCCAGAAAAGUGGUUGAAAGGAGAAUAUGAAUUUAAGGUAGACGGAUUCGGUUUAGAGAUGAUGCGAACUGGUCAGUGGAACCUGACAUUGCGCGAUUACUCGCAGACCACGCGCAUCAAACGAAACGGCAGUGGCCUCGACGUCCACGUUGAAAUUGAUCACAUCGGCGACAUGGAUAUCCACGUGGGAAACCUGCUCCUUGGCAGACGUAUUCUAGAACAAAUGCUCGAUCGCGUCAUAAACUUAACAUGGAAGCCAGGAUUCGCAGUAAUUCGACCGUUGAUCAACGACCUCGUCAGCACUGCCUUCACGGACAUUUGGAGCAAUUCCUUCAGAAAUUUUCCCCUUGAUGUCUUUAUAAAAAAUUGA